GCCGGAGCUGUUCGAGUGGAAGGGUGUGGAGAAGCAGACCGCUAUCGAGAGACUGGACCAUGCCUUCAGCCUCGCCAAACAACAACUGGGCAUCGUGCAGCUCCUGGACCCCGAGGACGUGGCCAUAUCGAACCCCGAUAAGAAGUCCAUCAUGAUGUACGUCACGUCGCUGUUCCAAGUGCUGCCUCAGGGGGUCAGCAUCGAGGCCAUCCAGGAGGUGGAGACGCUGCCGGCCUCGCGGGCCGCACAGGGCCCGGGGCCCGGGGCCGUGACGGGGGCCGCCCGCGGGGCGGAGAUCGUGCGCGGGGCCAUGCGGGAGGAGCACGUCGAGGUCCACAAGCAGCAGCGCUUCUCCCAGCAGAUCACAGUGAGCGUGGCACAGGGGCGGGUUCGAAGCCCCUCCCCAUCUCAAAAACCUCGCUACAAAAGCUGUACCUACACACAGGCAGCUUAUGUCACGUCCCCCGAACAAAAGAGAAGGCGCUUCACUUCAAAGUCUCCGGACAGCCAGGGAGAGGAGGACCCAGCCGGCAGCCCCCUGCCCGGGGGGAACCCCCUGCUGGAGGGGUACCAGAGUGCGCUGGAGCAGGUGCUGACCUGGCUGCUCUCCGCCGAGGACGGCCUGCAGGCCCAGCCGCCCAUCUCCGGCCGCGUGGACGAGGUCAAGGAGCAGUUCCACACCCACGAGGGCUACAUGGUGGAGCUGACGUCGCAGCAGGGCAGUGUGGGAAGGGUGCUGCAGAUGGGGAACGCUCUGCUGUCGGAGGGUCGUCUGACGGAGGAGGAGGAGAGCGAGGUCCGGGAGCAGAUGAACCUGCUCAACUCCCGCUGGGAGCACCUGCGUGUGGCCAGCAUGGAGCGACAGAGCAAGUUGCACGAGGCUCUGAUGGACCUGCAGCACCAGCAGCUAAAGCAGCUCACCGAUUGGCUGGAGCUGACGGAGGCCCGGAUCAAGCGCAUGGAGGCGGAGCCUCUGGGGCCAGACCUGGAGGACGUCAAGCACCAAGUGGAAGAGCACAAACUUCUCCAGGAGGACCUGGAGUCGGAGCAGGUGCGCGUGAACUCGCUCACCCACAUGGUGGUGGUGGUGGAUGAGAACAGCGGGGACAGCGCCACCGCAGUCCUGGAGGAGAAACUGCAGCACUUAGGGGAUCGGUGGGCAGCCAUAUGCAAGUGGACUGAGGAGCGCUGGGUCCUACUGCAAGAGAUUCUGCUCAAAUGGCAGCACUUCACCGAGGAGCAGUUUUUGUUCGACUCCUGGCUGGUUGAGAAGGAGGAGCUCGUCCGGUCCAUCCAGAGCAGUGACUUCAAGGACCAAAACGAGAUGGUCGCCAGCCUGAAGAAGCUCGCGGUGGUGAAGGCGGACCUGGAGAUGAAGAGACAGACGAUGGACCGGCUCUGUGCCCUGAGCCAGGACCUGCUGAGCAGCGUGAAGAACAAAGAGCUGGCCCACAAGCUGGAGGCCCGGCUGGAGAACCUGGCCCAGCGCUGGGACACACUGGUGCACUUACUGGAGGAGAACAGCUCCCAGAUCUCUCUGACUGUCACCACCACACCGGCCGAGCAGACGCACACCGCCACCGUCACGUCCACCGUCACCAAGGUGACCAGGCGCGAGCAGGUCGCCGUCAAGCACGCCAAGGCGGAGGGCCCCCCCCCGCCGCCGAAGAAGAGGCAGAUCGUGGUGGACUCCGAGCUUCGCAAGAGGUUUGACGUGGACUUCACGGAGCUGCACAGCUUCAUGACCCGGUCCGAGGCCACCCUGCAGAGCCCGGAGUUCUCCGAGCGGGGCAAGGAGGGCAGCGUGACGGAGCUGAGGGACAGAGUGCUGGCGAUAGACAGGGAGAAGCCCGAGAAGCAGAGGAAGCUGCAGGAGGCCACACGCUCCGCACAGGCACUGGUGGAUCAGCUGGCCAGUGACGGGCAGCGCGCUGACGACAUUCAGCAGGCAGCGGAGCAGCUGAACAGCCGCUGGGUGGAGUUCUGCGCCCUGCUGGAGGACCGGCUCUCCUGGCUGGCCUACCAGACCAAGGUGCUGGCGUUCUACAGCCAGUUCCAGCAGCUGGAGCAGGCCGUGCUCACCGCCGAGAACUGGCUGAAGGUGCAGCAGCCCCCCGCCUGCGACCCGGAGCUGCUGCGGCUGCAGCUGGAGCGAUGCAGGGAUGAGCUGGGGCGUCUCUCGGCCCUGCAGCCGCAGGAGAGGCUGAAGGAGCAGGUGAACGAGCUGCGCGAGAAGGAGGAGGCGGCGCCGGUGGUCCUGGACGCUGACAUCACCGCGUUCACGCAGCACUACAGGGAGGUGCUGGCGGAGCUGCGGGCCCGUGAGAGGCAGCUGCUGCAGGUCCAGGACAGCCUGCCGCCCCUGCGCUAUAAGGAGACGGUGGCGUCGCUGUUGUCAUGGCUACAGCAGUGCGAGGCUCAGCUGUCCGUCCCCUCAGCCGCUGUCACUGUCUACCCCGUGAUGGAACAGAGGCUCAAGGACAUCCAGGCCAUGCAGGCGGGGCUGCAGGAGCACCAGGCUGAGCUGGACUACCUGACGGUGACCAUGGAGCAGGUGUGUCAGAAGGCCCCGCCCGAGGUGGGCCACAGGUUCCGGGCCGAGCUGGAGCCCCUGAUGCUGCGCUGGAGGAAGCUGUCCGAGCUGCUGACUGAGCGCGCUCACACCCUGCAGGGCCAGAUGGACAAGCUGCAGCAGUUCCAGAACGACACGAAGACGCUGCGGAAGUGGAUGGCGGAGGUGGACGUGUUCCUGAACGAGGAGUGGCCCGCCCUGGGCGACUCUGAGGCCCUGGAGAAACAGCUGGAGCAGUGCACGGCCCUGGUGAACGACAUCAACACCAUCCAGCCCAGCCUGAACGGCAUCAACGAGGUGGGCAUGGCGCUGAAGAGGGAUGCGGAGCCGGCCUUCGCCAGCAAGCUGCAGAAGGAGAUCGCCGAGCUCAACGCCCAGUGGGAGAACAUCUGCAAGCAGGCCUAUGCGAAGAAGUCUGCGCUGAAGGGCGGGCUGGACCGUACGGUGAGCCUGCGGAAGGAUCUGUCGGAGAUGCAGGAGUGGAUCACGCAGGCGGAGGAGGAGUUCCUGGAGCGAGACUUCCAGUACAAGACCCCCGAGGAGCUGCGCAAGGCUGUGGACGAGCUGAAGAGGGCACAGGAAGAGGUGGCGCAGAAGGAAGUGAAGGUGAACCUCCUGACGGAAACGGUCAACAACUUCCUGUCCAAGGCCCCGCCGGCGGCCCAUGAGGCCCUGACCGCGGAGCUGCAGGUCCUGACCAACAACUACCAGCGUCUGUGCAGCCGACUGGACGGGAAGUGCAAGACCCUGGAGGAAGUGUGGGCCUUGUGGGGGGAGCUGCUCUCGUACCUGAAGCAGGAGAACAGCUGGCUGGACGAGCUGGAGAAGAAACUGCAGGAGACGGAGAACCUCCAGGGAGGAGCGGAGGAGGUCUCCGAAGCACUGGAUGGUUUGGAGACGCUGCUUCGCCACCCUGAGGACAAUCGGACCCAGAUUAACGAGCUGGCCCAGACCUUAAUGGACGGCGGGGUCCUGGAUGACCUCAUCAAAGAGAAGUUAGAUGCCUUCAACGCACGCUGGGAGGAGCUUAUGCGACUGGCCGUGCAGAGGCAGCAGCAGCUGGAGAGGAGUGUGCAGUGGGCUCAGGAGAACGACAAGGCCCUGCGGCUCAUCCAGGAGUCCCUGCAGUCCACCGACCGCCACCUGACCGCCUACAUCGCCGACCACAUCGAUGCCACGCAGAUCCCCCAGGAGGCGCAGAAAAUCCAGGCGGAGCUGAACAGCCACGAGCAGAGUCUGGAGGACAUGAAGAAGAAGAACGAGGCGAGGGACCCGUCCGAGAGAGUGCGGGCUCAGAUCGACAUCACGCAGAAGAAGCUCCAGGAGGUGUCCACCAAGUUCCGCAUCUUCCAGCGGCCGGCCAACUUCGACCAGCGGCUGCAGGACUGUGAGCGGGUGCUGGACGACGUGCGGGCGCAGCUGGGGGUUCUGGGAAUCCGCAGCGUGGAGCAGGACGUGGUGCAGUCGCAGCUGGACCAGUGCAUGAAGUUCUAUAAGAGUCUGAGUGAGGUGAAGGGGGAGGUGGAGACAGUGAUAAAGACGGGGCGCCAGAUCGUGCAGAGGCAGCAGACGGAGAACCCCAAAGAGCUGGAUGAGCGUCUGACCGCUCUCAAACUGCUGUACAACGAUCUGGGGUCACAGGUGACGGAGGGGAAGCAGCAGUUGGAGAAGAGUCUGAAGUUGUCACGGAAAUUGCGAAAGGAAGUGAACAGUCUGACGGAGUGGCUGGCCGCGACGGACGCAGAGCUGACCCGCCGGUCCGCUGUGGAGGGAAUGCCCAAGGAUUUGGAUUCGGAAGUGGCCUGGGCCAAGGCCACGCAGAAGGAGACGGAGCGGCACGAGCCCCAGCUGAGGAGCGUGAUGGAGCUGGCCGACGCCCUGAAGGCCCUGCUGAAGGGGCAGGAGAGCCUGGUGGAGGACAAGGUCAGCCUGCUCAACUGCAACUGGAUCGCCGUCACGUCCCGCAGCGAGGAGUGGCUCAACCUGCUGCUGGAUUACCAGAGACAGAUGGAGUCGCUGGAUCAGAACAUCGCUCAGAUCACCACCUGGGUGUACCGGGCCGAGAACCUGCUGGACGAGUCCGACACGCCGGCCUCCAGCGACCAGGUGCUGAAGACUCUGCGGGCAGAGCUGGAGGACAUGCGGGGCAAGAUGGAGGCGGUGCAGGGGCAGGCUCAGGACCUGGUGAAGAACAGAGGGGAGCACUGCCGCGCCCUGGUGCAGCCCAAAGUGGAGCAGCUCCACCAGCGCUUUGAGGAGGUGGCCCGCCGGAUCAGAACCGGGCAGACGGCGGCUUCAGCCAAGGAGGUGGAGCAGUACCACAGCCAGGCACGGAUCUGGCUAGAUCUCCUGGAGGAGGAGGUGCAGCAGGGGGAGAACCUGAAAGAGGAGGACUUUCAUCAGGAGAGCGACUCGGACGAGGGGCCGGUGAAGGAGCUGCUGGAGAAGGGGGAGAGCCUGCAGAAGAGGGUGCCUGACGAGGGCAAGAGGGAGGAGAUCCGCAUCAAACACGACCAGCUCAACAGCACCUACAACACUGUGAAGGACCUGCGGGCCCUGAGGAAGAGGAAGGCCCUGGCCAUCGCCCCGCAGUGGUACCAGUACCGCAGGAAGUCGGACGACCUGCUGCAGUGGCUGGACGACAUCGAGAGGAGCGUGGCCCAGCUGCCCGACCCACCGCAGGAGCAGAGGGUGAAGGAGAUUGGCUCGGAGCUGGAGCAGAAGAGUGGCGAGCUGAGCGAGUUGCGGGUGCAAGCCCAGGUGUUGGCUGAAGGGGGCGCCGCACGCCUCGUGGAGCCUCGCCUCGCCCAGCUCAACAAACGCUGGGAGGUGGUCGAUGGCAAAUUCGCUCCUUUCCGACGUUCCAUACAAAGUGCCUACGUAAAUGACCUGCGGGACCUGCUGCAGUCCAUCGCCGAGACAGAGUUCCUGCUCAACUCCCCGGAGUACUGGGCAGUGUACUAUGACCUGCCCAAGCAGGAGCAGUGCCUGCAGGACGUGAAGGUGAAUUUGGAGAAGCUGCAGUCUCCAGUAGAGGGCGCUCUCGGGAGGAAAGGCGACGUUCUCCACUGCGCCACGCCCCAAGAGGUCCAGCGAGUCCAGGACACCCUGCUGCUCCUCAACAACAACUGGGAGAAAGUGAACAAGCUGCACCGAGACCGGCGCGCGCGCUUCGACCUGUCCCAGGAGAAGUGGGCCAGGUUCACCGCAGACAUGAAGGCCCUCAACAAGUGGCUGGGCGAGGCGGAGCACACCCUGGACCAGGCCGAACAGGACCCCGCUCACGGCCGAGACCGUCUGAAGGAGCUGGAGGCUGCGGUGGGGGGGCAGGAGAGCGCCGUGGCGGGGGUGAACGCCGCAGGCGACGAGAUCAUCCAGCAGAGCAGGCUGGACGACGGCCUCAAAAUCAAGGAGCAACUGAGCGCGCUCAACAAACGCUGGGAGGACGUGCGGCGGAGGCUGGCGGAGAGGAAGCGGAGAUCGGCGGAGGCGCAUCACGCGGCGGAGGAGCUGCGGGAGGACCUGAGCGAGUUCCUGUCCUGGCUGGACGAGGCGGAGGGCGUCUGUGCGAUCCCGCUGCAGCCGGGCGACCAGGAGCAGCUCCGGGCGUCGCUGGAGAAAGUGCAGGCGCGGGUGCAGGAGCUGCCCCACAGGAAGGACACUCUGAAAGAGCUGAAUGACAGGAAGACCAUCGCAUCACUUCCUGCGUACAAACCGAGCGAGCCUUUACAGGCUGACCUGCAGCUCGUCAACACUCGCUGGGCUAAGGUGUCCCGGGACCUGCCGGAGAAGCAGCAGGAGAUCUGGGACCUGCUGAAGGACCUGUCUCAGGUGCAGGACCAGGUCUCCCACCUCUCCCUCUGGGCCUCCAGCACCAAAGACCAGCUCCAGUUGUGCAGGCCAGCAGAUGAUACCAAGGAGAUAGAAGAUGCUGUCCAAGCCAAGCGUCCGGAUGUAGAAGGAAUUUUAACCAAGUAUCAGCUGCUGUACCAGAACAGGCCCCCCACCCAACCUCUAAAGGGGAAGUUUGAGGAGCUCAGUGGGGACUGGAGGACCAUCCUGGAGCUGCUGGACGAGAGGCAACGCCGGGCCCCGACCCCCGAUACUGCACGGGAGCGGGUGACGGAGGCUCUGGUGGGCAGCGGGGCUCUGGGUGAGGCUCCGUCCUCGCUCUUCCUGGAGAUGCCGGCCCUGGCGCACUUCAACAGGUCCUGGAUGGAGCUCACCGAUUGGCUGUCGCUGCGGGACCAAAUGGUGAAGUCGCAGAGAGUGACGGUGGCGGACCUGGAGGAGAUCGGCGAUGCGAUGGCGAAGCAGAGGGCCACACUGCAGGACAUGGAGCAGAAGCGCCCCCAACUGGACAGCCAGAUCACUGCAGCUCAGAACCUGAAGAACAAGACCAACAACCAGGAGGCGCGAGCGUUCAUCACCGACCGCAUUGAUAAAUUACAGACACAGUGGGAGGAGCUACACGGCCGGCUGUCAGACAGGUGGGCGGAGCUGCAGCGCAUGCUGAAGGACUCUGGCCAUUGGCUGGAUGCGAAAAAGGAGGUGGAUCCUCUGUUACAGCGAGCCAAUAACAAGCUGGAGUCCUGGAAGGAGAUUUCCUACACAGUGGAUGCACUGAAGAAACAGAAUGCUGACCUGAAGCAUUUCGUGAAGGACCUGCAGCAGUGGCAGGCAUCUGUGGAUGUGAGCAAUGACCUGGCCCGUGAUCUGCUGAAGAACUACUCCGCAGACGACACCAGCAGAGUUAACCUGCUGACAGACAACGUGAACAUCACCUGGGCCAACAUCAACAAGAGGGUGGGCGACAGAGAGGCAGCUCUCGAGGCCGCCCUUCGCCUGCUGCAGCAGUUCUACCUGGACCUGGAGAAGUUCCUCAACUGGCUGACCGAGGCGGAGACCACCGCCAACGUGCUCCAGGACGCCACCCACAAGGAGGGGCUGCUGGAGGACCCGGCCAUGGGACACCAGCUGAUGGCGCAGUGGCAGGAGCUCCAGUCGGAGAUCCAGGGCCACACGGAGGCCUUCCACACUCUGGAUGAGAACGGGCAGCGCAUCCUCACCUCGCUGGAGGGGUCCGAGGACGCCGGGCUGCUGCAGAGACGGCUGGACAACAUGGGGCAGCGCUGGAACGAGCUCCGCAGCAAGUCCCUCAGCAUCAGGUCUCACCUGGACGCCAGCACACAGCAGUGGAAGCGGCUGCACAUGUCCCUGCAGGAGCUGCUGAACUGGCUGCACCUGAAGAGCGAGGAGCUGGCCCAGCAGGCGCCUGUAGGGGGCGACGUCCCCACUGUGCAGCAGCAGCUCGACACCCACAGGGCUUUCCGGAAGGACCUCCGGGCCAAGGAGCCAGCAGUGACCGGGGCCCUGGAAGCAGUGAGGGUCUUCCUGCUGGAGCAGCCCACCGACGGAGCCGGGAGAGCAGAGCCAGAGCAAGGAGAGAUCAGCCCGGAGGAGCGGGCCCAGAACAUGGGCCGGGUUCUGCGGAAGGAGGCGGAGGACGUGCGGGCGGGCUGGGACGGCCUGCGGCUGCGCUCCACGGACUGGCAGCAGAGACUGGACCUGGCGCUGGAGCGGCUGCUGGAGCUGCAGGAGGCGCAGGACCAGCUGGACCUGAAGCUGCAGCAGGCCGAGGCCGUGAAGGCCUCCUGGGAGCCGGUGGGGGAUCUCCUCAUCGACUCCCUGCAGGACCACAUCGACAGAGUCAAAGCGUUCCGGACCGAGAUCGCCCCGAUCAAAGACGACGUAACUCAGGUGAACGACCUGGCCUCCACCUUCGGGCCGAUGGGCAUCCAGCUGUCACGUCUGAACCUCAACAGGCUGGACGACCUGAACACGAGAUGGCAGCUUCUCCAGGUUUCCAUUGAAGAACAUUUCAGACAGCUGAACGAAGCCCACCGGGACUUUGGGCCCCAGUCUCAAACCAUCCUCCUUCCUUCCGUUCAGCUUCCAUUUGAACGCUCAAUCUCUCCAAACAACGUGCCCUACUACAUCAAAAAUGAGAAAGCAGGACCUGAGGAGAUGACCCGGAUCCUCACAGACCACCAGACACAAACCACCUGCUGGGAUCAUCCCAAGAUGGCGGAGCUUUACCAGUCUCUGGCUGACCUGAACAACGUGCGGUUCUCCGCCUACAGGACGGCCAUGAAGCUCCGCAGGCUGCAGAAAGCCCUCUGCUUGGACCUCCUGGGUAUGACGGCAGCCCGGGAGGCCUUUGACCAGCACGGCCUGAAGCAGAACGAGCAGGUGAUGGACAUCAUGCAGAUCAUUAACUGCCUGACCAGCGUCUACGACCGUCUGGAGCAGCAGCACAGCAGCCUGGUCAACGUGCCGCUGUGUGUGGACAUGUGUCUCAACUGGCUGCUCAACGUUUACGACACAGGAAGAACGGGAAAAAUCCGCACUCUGUCCUUCAAAACGGGCAUCAUUUCACUCUGCAAAGCACACCUGGAGGACAAGUACAGAUUCCUGUUCAGGGAGGUGGCGGGCCCCACAGGGAUGUGUGAUCAGCGGAGGCUGGGGCUCCUGCUGCACGAGUCCAUCCAGAUCCCCCGGCAGCUGGGCGAGGUGGCCUCCUUCGGCGGGAGCAACAUCGAGCCCAGCGUGCGCAGCUGCUUCCAGUUCGCCAAUAACAAGCCGGAGCUGGAGGCGGCCGUGUUCCUGGACUGGAUGCGGCUGGAGCCCCAGUCCAUGGUCUGGCUCCCGGUGCUGCACCGCGUGGCCGCGGCCGAGACCGCCAAGCACCAGGCCAAGUGCAACAUCUGCAAGGAGUGCCCCAUCAUCGGCUUCAGGUACAGAAGCUUAAAGCACUUUAAUUAUGACAUCUGCCAAAGCUGUUUCUUCUCCGGACGUGUUGCCAAGGGACACAAAAUGCAAUACCCGAUGGUGGAGUACUGCACUCCGACGACUUCAGGGGAGGACGUGCGAGACUUUGCCAAGGUGCUGAAAAACAAAUUCAGGACGAAGCGCUACUUUGCCAAGCACCCGCGGAUGGGAUACCUCCCCGUGCAGAGCGUCCUGGAGGGAGACAACAUGGAGACUCCUGUUACACUGAUCAACUUCUGGCCUGUAGAUUAUGCGCCUGCAUCAUCCCCCCAGCUGUCCCACGAUGACACCCACUCCCGAAUCGAGCAUUAUGCCAGCAGACUAGCUGAAAUGGAAAACCGAAACGGCUCGUAUCUGAACGACAGCAUCUCGCCCAACGAGAGCAUAGAUGACGAGCACCUGCUGAUCCAGCACUACUGCCAGAGCCUGAACCAGGAGUCCCCGCUCAGCCAGCCUCGCAGCCCCGCCCAGAUCCUCAUCUCGCUGGAGAGCGAGGAGCGGGGAGAGCUGGAGAGGGUGCUCAACGACCUGGAGGAGGAGAACAGGAACCUGCAGGCGGAGUAUGACCGUCUGAAGCAGGCCCACGACCGGAAGGGCCUGUCCCCGCUGCCGUCGCCCCCGGAGAUGCUGCCCGUGUCGCCCCAGAGCCCGCGGGACGCCGAGCUCAUCGCCGAGGCCAAGCUCCUGCGCCAGCACAAGGGCCGGCUGGAGGCGCGCAUGCAGAUCCUGGAGGACCACAACAAGCAGCUGGAGUCCCAGCUGCACCGCCUGCGUCAGCUGCUGGAGCAGCCACAGACGGACCCCAAGCUGAACGGCACGGCCCUGUCCUCCCCCUCCACGUCCUCCCAGCGCUCCGACAGCAGCCUGCCCCUCCUGCGCGUGGCUGCCAGCCAGACCACCGACACCAUGGGUGAGGACGAACUGGCCAGCCCCACCCAGGACGUCAGCACGGGCCUGGAGGAGGUGAUGGAGCAGCUCAACAGCUCCUUCCCCCACAGCCAGGGCCUGGGCGUGGGCAGCCUGUUCCACAUGGCGGAUGAUCUGGGCCGGGCUGUGGAGUCUCUGGUCAGCGUGAUGACGGACGACCCAGAGUAACCUCCCUCAGCAUGCUUUUAUAGUCACAACAACUGGACUGGACUCCUUUACAAAGAGAAAAAUACAUCUAUUUUUGUCAAAGAUCAUGGUUACAAACUUGUAGAAUUCAGUAGUUUCUUAAGUCUAAAAAUUGUUUUAUUAACAAAGGCAGGUUUUUACACUUCUAUGCAAUUGUACAAAAACACUUCAGAAAUAUGUGUGAAAUGAUUUGCUGUUUCUUUGUAUGGAGCACAUUUCAGAUCGUUCAAAAAAAAAAGUUUGUAACAAUUAAAAAGAUUGUAAACUAAAGGAUGCUUUAUAUGACAUACAUUUAUUUAUGAAAAACAUGAAAAAAAUCUUUUAAAGGCAAUGCAUUUGUUGUGCAACUUUAUAGCUGUGUGUCUGCGUGUGUGAGCAGCUGUGUGUGAGAAAGAAAUGUUCACCUAAACAGUGUUGUUCUUCUUGCUUUAGAUAAAACCCCCACCAAUAUCGUUACCAAAUUAUCCUCCCAAGUCAUGGUCUUUCUUUAACGUCACGGUCUCCUAAUGCUUCACGCCAUUUUGACGAGCAGUAUUUUAACUCACCUGGAAUCAGUUCCUGCCGUUUCCACAUGACGGUUGGGUAAGCUGAUCCUGAGUGAGUUGGUGCAGAGCAUUUUUUUUUGUUUUUCCCCACUAAAAAAAAUGUUCAAUCAGAUAUUUUCCCUUUUUGUGUUUUGGUACUUUACAAAGUGCUAUCUUUGGAAAAACCUGUUGAAAGAUUUUUAUAAUGACGAUAAUGUAUUGUUUUUACAAGGAUGAGAAAGGGAGACUUGGUUCUUUUUCGGAUGCGUCUGAAAUCCGUCGGUGAGAUCGGCGAUGAGCUCGUACCGAAUCUUGUGCUUGAAUGUGGAGCAGCGUUUGGGGUUUUUUUGGUCACAGAGGAGAUUGUUUUAGUGGAAUCGAGUCUUUUCCAAGCACACUGAGAGAUGGACACGUGGAAGACUAGAGUGAACCCUGCCCAUUCUUCCAGUCAUGAAAGUUCUACCUCAGUUUUUUUCGGUACUCCGUACGUUUGGCGUUUCCUUCAGUUCUCCAUUAACCUGAGGGGGAUUUCAGUGAUGUUCCCAUCGAAAGCAGGGAUCAUCAACUCCGGCCCUCCAAUCCAAAUCCAGCCCUGGUCCUCUUUUCUCCCGGGUAAUUAGUGCUACUGAUUGGCCAGACUGCCUUCACUCCUGACUCCCAGCUAAAGGGAGGGUGGAAAACCAGCAGUUCUCAGCCCUCGAGGACCGAGAGUUGCUGAUCCCUGAUCUCAAAGCAUCUCAACGGAAUUUAGUCGAUGUCUACACUACAUGUAUCUUUCCAUCCAUUUGUGUUCUUGUUGAAACAUUGUAUUUCUAUAUAAUUUUGCUUUAUCUUUUUGUUAAGUUUCACAGACAUGGAAUCUGAGUACACUGACUAUUUUAAUACACUGUACCCGUCUGUGAGAACCAUUUUGUUUUUGUUUUAUGGUUGCUUCGAAAGGGGAAACAUUUAAUCAAAGCACUAAAUGUAAGCAUUAAUUUUACUGUAUACUCAGAUGAGUGAAUCAAACCAACACUCAUUGUGACAGCAUGUUACAGGUUUUACAUUUUUCAGAGAUUUCCUAUAUUCAUUUCUAACCCCACUAUUAUGAUUUGUCUUUAUUUUAAAAUCUCACGUUGCAUAUUUUCCUUCGAAACAUAUCAAAUGCCACCAAAUAUAUGCCUUACUACUGUAAUAUAAAUAGCUUUACUGUGUAUAUCAAUAAAGCACGCAGUUACGUUAA